AUGACUACAGAAGUGGGCUCAGUCAAGCCCAAGAUGAGCGCCUGGCUCGUCUUCAGCAUUGUUGUCAUCUCCAUGGGGUCUAUCUUUUGGGGUUAUGACAUCGGAAUCUUGAGCACCAUCUAUGUCUCCCCCGGAUUCAACAAAGCCCUCGACAACCCAAACUCCAGCGACAAAGGUCUCAUCACGUCCAUCUUCUACGCUGGUCAAUUCGCCGGUUUCGCAUUCCUCGCUGGCCCAUGCAACAACAAAUUUGGUCGACGCUGGGCUGGUUUCGGCGGCGUGUGUAUGCUGUGCGUUGGUGCUGCCAUCCAAACCGGUGCUGUUCAUCUCGCCAUGAUGGUUGUUGGACGAAUUGUUGCUGGCGUGGGAACUGGUGUGGUGUCUACUGCUGUUCCGCUUUAUCUCAGUGAGAUUUCGCCUGCGAAUCAUCGAGGAUUGUUUGUGGCUGCUAAUCAAGUCGGCAUUGUGUUUGGUAUUUCCAUGGCUUUUUGGGUUGGCUAUGGGUACUCAUUCUGGAACUACGGCAAGGGCAUCGAACUGGAGUGGCGUCUUUCCAAUGCCAUGCAGUUUGUCCCUGCACUUCUAUUCCUGGGUGGCGUUCCCUUUAUUCCCGAGAGUCCCCGAUGGCUUGUCGAGACCGACCAAAUGGAAGCCGCAAGCCAAUCUCUAGCCAAGCUCCGCGGCCUCACCACUGCCGAAGUCCAGCCCGAGCUUGACGAGAUCCACGCCAACAUCCUCUGGCAUCAGGAAAACUCCAUCACAUCCGCCCGUGUCUUUAUCCAGCAGAAGCCCCUCUGGUCGCGCCUCUGGCGAGCCUGGUCUCUCGCCUUCCUGCAGCAGAUGAGCGGUGCUGCCGGUAUUCGAUACUACCUCCCUACCAACUUUGUCGCCGCUGGUACUUCGAAGGAGCUCAGCUUGCUCGCUUCUGGUAUUGAUGGGACUGUGCAGGUUGUUUGCACUGUUGCGGCCAUGUUCUUUAUUGAUAAGCUUGGUCGACGACAUUCGCUUGGUGUUGGGGCUGUUAUCAUGGCUUUUUGCUUAAUGAUCAACGGCGCUUUACAGCUUGCUUAUCCUGGGCAAACUAACUCGCACGCGAACUAUGUCAACAUCUUCUUUAUUUUCUUUUUCACCGUCGGAUACAGCAUGGGCUUCGGACCUUGCGCUUGGAUCUAUGCAUCCGAGAUCUUCCCCGCCAACUGCCGUUCCAAAGGUCUCGGUAUCUCCUCCUCUGGCGCCUCGCUCGGCUCCAUCAUCGUCGGACAAGUCUGGCCUAUUGCAGUCUCGCGUAUCGGCCCGAAGGUCUACUUCAUCUUUAUGUCGUUCAACGUCUUCUCCGCCAUCCUUGUCUAUUCCUGCUACCCUGAGACCAAGGGCAAGACGCUGGAGGAGUUGGACUCGCACUUUGGGUCGCUUAAUGUUCAUUCGGAAGAGGACGCUACGCCAAAGCAGAUGCUUGCUGGGGAGGAACAGAGGGUUGAGAUGCGUGGAAAGAGUGUUUGA